CUCGCUUCCCCGAUCGUCCAAUCGGCUCGUAAGUUCGCGUUCCGCCGUACGAGGCCUGAAGCCUGGGUCCAGAGUUUGUUUUGCCAAGUGCCAGUUCUGCAGCGGCUGGCUGGGGAUAUGGCGGCGGUAGCGGGGCUCCCGGGGCUGGAGAGGAACUGCUGGGUGUGCUUCGCCACUGACCUCGAUGAUCGCUCUGCAGAAUGGGUAAGCCCAUGCCGAUGUAAAGGGUCAACAAAAUGGAUCCACCAGGCAUGUCUACAGCGAUGGCUUGACGAGAAACAAAAGGGGAACAGCACGGGCCGGGUGGCGUGUCCACAAUGCAACACGGAGUACUUGAUUGUCUUCCCGAAGUUAGGUCCAGUUGUUUAUUCCUUGCACCAAGUCGACCGCAUUCUGUCCAAAGCCAGCCCGUUUGCAGCAGCCAGCAUCGUGGUGGGGACUGUGUACUGGUCGGCGGUGACGUACGGAGCGGUGACUGUAAUGCAGGUUGUGGGGCACAAGAAAGGUUUGGACCUGAUGGAGCGGGCGGAUCCUCUCUUCCUGCUGAUGGGGCUGCCCACCAUUCCAGUGAUGCUCAUUUUGGCCAAGAUGAUCCGAUGGGAGGACUUUGUGCUUCGGAUGUGGCGCAAGUACUCCAGCAAGCUUCAAGUUCUCAGCAGCAUUUUCCCAGGUUUCGGAUGCCCCAUUCCUCGUAUACCUGCUGAGACCAACAAUCGAAGUGAUCACACGUCCGUCUCUCGCAUCCUAUGCGGCGCGCUCGUCUUCCCAACGAUAUCCAGCUUGGUUGGCAAAUUAAUAUUCAGCAGCGUGAGCUCCAAUCUGCAGCGAACUAUCUUGGGAGGGAUUGCCUUUGUCGCUAUCAAGGGGGUUUUAAAGGUUUACUUCAGGCAACAGCAAUAUCUCAUCCAGGCGAACCGCCGAAUUCUCAACUAUCCUGAGAGGGGAGAGGAACAAGAAGAUCCACAGGAGGCCUAUGAGGACUCGGGGAGUGACUAAAGGAGGGAAUGAUCGGCUGUGAUGCGAGCAGGCACAGACCCAGUUAACUUCUGACUCUCCGGGUUGUUGGAAUUAGCGUUCAACAUAAUCCCACUUGAAGCAGAUGUGGUGCUGUAGUCACAUUUGCUGAGGUUUAUAAUCCAGCCCAGCUGAGUAUAUCCACCCUGUCACCUUGUUGUUGGACAGAUAUUUGCCCUAAUUUUUAAACUGCCUGUUUCUCCUUUAAUUGCUUCUAUUAUUAUGACUCAGUAGCUGGGGGACUAAACACUACUACCACAAAGUAACCUCCUGGCAUCAGCUCAAGCUGACAACCAUGCUCUCAUAUGUGCUGAUCUGGACAACAGCUUUCCCAUGGCGUUUGAGGUCGUGUAUAUAAUACCCAAUUCUAUUGUAAUAACGCCCUUUGUGUGGCUAUAUUAAAGCGGGGGUAAUCUUUUUCUCUAGCCUUGGGCUGAAUCUCAAUCCAUUCACAAAUGGACAGUUGUUCAAAAGCACCCCUGUAAAGCCCCAUAUUUUUCCAGGAGGGAAGGGUUGGUGAUAAUAUUUGUGGUCCACCCUGGCUGCCAGAUUCUUUUGGGAGUUCAGACCCUGAAUUGUGACAAUUUUUCUGGUGAUAUCAAGACCACAGUUAAAUAUUUGUGAUUAACUGGAGCUUUACAAACUUGUUCACAGGGAACGUUUUCUGUGUUCAUUGCACAGGCCACCAUGCAGAUUGGUCAAAGAUCAUUAUGUCAGCCUGGGCUUACUGUUUCAAACCUGUGGGCAUCACAAUAAAAUUGUGCAUCAAAAUAAACAAGUUGAUUUUAUACAUAUUUUAGAAGUAGCAUAUUAUAGAUUAACAAAUUUGUCGUAUCUUCGUAUCAAUUGUUUCUUUAUAUCUGCAGAAAAUUUAUUUUUAAUUGAGUUUCUUUUGUGUGCUGCCAUAGCAACUACCAUAAUUGCUGUAAAAUUUGUUUAUUUUUUAUUUAUAUAAAGCUGUUUGGAAUAAUUAAGCUGGAGCAAAAUAAGGAUUCUGAAGAAAUUUAAUUUAAUAAAAAUGCCACCUUCCGAA